AUGUCUUGGAAACUCACCAAAAAAUUAAAGGAAACCCACCUUGCUCCUUUGACGCAAACCUUUACCCGGUCCUCAUCCACAUCCACCAUUAAGGGCGAGUCCGGCGAAGAGACCCCCGUGGUUUCUCAGGCUCCGACUCCGACUAUUUCCACGUCAAACAUCAAUGGAAUCAGUGCCUCGGAAUCUCUCGUAUCGCCUCCUGUGGCGCCCGUCAAGCCCGGUAUCCUGAUCGUCACCCUCCACGAAGGCCGGGAUUUCGCUCUUUCCCCGCAAUACCAACAGAUCUUCAAUUCGCAUUUCCAGAAUAACUAUGCUAUGCGCCCGAGCUCUUCGUCCUCCCACUCCACCCAUGGGCAGGCUGCAUCAUUCGUCCAUAGCGGCCGUCCUCAGUCGACUAGCGGAGGUAUCAAUGCUGCGCCCACAAUCCACGGUCGGUAUUCGACAAAGUAUCUUCCCUACGCUCUGUUAGAUUUCGAGAAGAACCAGGUUUUUGUCGACGCAGUGUCAGGGUCGCCCGAGAAUCCCCUUUGGGCUGGAGACAACACCGCCUUCAAGUUCGAUGUGUCCCGUAAGACGGAAUUGAACGUUCAACUCUAUCUCCGAAACCCGGCCGCUCGGCCCGGUGCCGGUCGGAGUGAAGAUAUCUUCCUCGGUGCCGUCAAGGUCCACCCGCGCUUCGAAGAAGCCCAA